AUGAUACCUCGUAUUUUGCUUUUCAAUUAUAGCAAUGAAAUCAAUUUGAUCCGUAAAAAGAGUGCUGUCAUGUCGAUCAUUGCUGCUCUCGAAUACGUUUCAACAUCAACAGCGACCAUUAUCACUGUCAUCACUCUUGUACUAACUGGUCAGCCCCUGACUCCUGUAACCGUCUACUCGUUACUGUCUUUUAUCAAUCUGCUGAGAAGGAGCCUCUGUGCGGAACUGUCCAAUGGACUCAUGCAAUCAUAUGACGCUUAUGUCUCAUUAAAAAGAAUACGUGACUUCCUUCUAUUGAACAACCUUGAAUCAAAUAACACAAGGAUGUAUCAACAGGAAGGAGCAGAAAAAAUCUUCUUACCUUACAAGUCAACAGAUCCUCAGCAAGAAACUAUCCUAACGGUCAGAAAUUUUAAUCAUCAAACGCAAAAAAUACUUACAGACGACGAAUCAUUGCUACAGGAUAUUGACUUCACAAUGGAAAGAGGAAGUUUAACAGUCCUAACCGGACCAGUGGGCAGUGGUAAAUCUACUCUUUUGUCGGCAAUUGCUGGGGAGGUGCCAGACCAGAACUGGGCCAUAAACUACAAUGGAACUGUUGUUUAUGUGCCACAGAUUGCUUGGGUAUUUUCUGGGAGUAUAAGAGAAAACAUUUUGUUUGGCGAACAGUACGAGGAAUCUAAGUACAACAGAGUCAUUGAAGCAUGUGCUUUGACUCAAGACAUCGAGAAGUUUCCAGACUGUGACCAGACGAUCGUCGGAGAGCGUGGAGUGGUUCUUAGUGGAGGCCAGCGGGCAAGAGUAAGCUUAGCACGUGCAGUGUACGCCGAAGGAGAGCUUUACUUGUUGGAUGAUCCCUUAACUGCCGUGGACUUUAAAGUCGCCAAUCACAUCUUUAAGGAAUGCAUCAAAGGCCUCCUUAGACAGAAAACCCGAUUAAUAACUUCUCACCAAGAAAAGGUCAUGCGAGAAGCUGAUAACAUUAUUGUAUUGUGUAAAGGCCAAAUGUUGGCUAAAGGAAGUUUCACUGAGCUAAAAGAAAGUGGUAUCCUGAAUGCAACUCGUGAUCUCACGUAUGAGAAAGCUAACGAAAUCGAGUCGGUUGUUGGUAUGGAAAAUGAAGACAAAGAUGACAUUCCUAAGAUGAGUGAUGAAAGUGUAUCCCAUGAAGUACAGGGGCCCCACUUAUCAGAAGAAGAUCGAGCCAUCGGAGCUGUGUCUGCAAGUCUUUACUGGAAAUACUUUAGAAGCGGAGUACCUUUGCUGCUAAUAAUCACGGGGAUUUGCUGGUGUCUUAUUACUCAAGGUAAGGCCUUAACAUGAAGAAAAUUUACAGCAUCACUUUAUAGCCUGGGAAAUCACCCGAUAAUGCGCGACGCCAGCAAUGGUUUACCCUCAAAGGGCGGCUGAGGAACGAACACAUGCUGGUGACCUGUACCCAGCUAUGGCGGUGCUUUCGAUUGGUCGUGUGGCGAGGGAAAUUUGCUUCAACAAAUCAGGAGCACUACCCAGAUGUGGGUAGUGAUACAUCACCAGCAUGGAAUUUUGCACUUGUUCUCAGUCGUCACUUUACAGGAACCCAGUGGUGACAUCGCGAAAUGUCGCCUGUUUUCUCAGGCUUUGUAUCAUAUUUCUAGAAUCAAAUCCUCCUUAAAAAUUUCUUAGUUAUGAGAAUACCUCUUAAAACCCCCUCUUAGCAGACAUCCUUGUAGGGCAGAAUAAGUUUCCAUAACUGGCACUUGCUAUGCACCGAAGUGAUCCUUGUAACUGGUUGCGAGAAAAAGUCAUUUGUGACCCCUUCCCACGGCUGGUGGACUGUUCAAAAAUGCCACGUUGUUUGAUAUCUUAUUGUCAAACUCUUUGUCGAUCAUUGCAGAAAAUGUUAUGUUGUACUUGGAACUGGCCUUCACUAAUACAAAAAGAAAUAUAUGUAAUUACAUUUUCCCUUUGCAUGUAAUAGUUAUAGGCGCAAAAAAAACGAUCUGCGUAGAAAGUUUCCACAGCCACUUCGGGGAAUGGAAGCCUUGUGAUAAUGGAGGGCAGUCAUACGUACUUUUAGAGAUGUUCACUUACGGCAGCGAUUCAUUAAGGGAUCUUUGCCUGACAUCACAACCAGUUGCAAAAAUGUUGAGACACUCCAACGAAAAACCAUCCUUGUUUACUUCAAAUCUCUGCUAGUCAAACUUCUGUGCAAUAAAAUACUCACCUCCCCCCUACUCUCCAUUCAAAGUUGUUCCUCCAAUUUUUGAGCAUGGCCUUGUAUCGCUUGCAACUUUGAAAAGUGGGGAUCACAAGCACAAGAUAAUGGCCAGGCCACUUAAGCCAAAAAAGGGAACAGUGGCUCUAGUACUUUUUCAACUGGUUGUAGCAAUUAUGCCAAAUUUGUAUUUAAAUUAGUAUUUAACAUAUAUUGAAUAAGGCUGAGUAUUCCUUCAUGGAGAAUUAAGCAAAUCGACGAUAGUGGUAUCCACCAAAGGCGAAGUCCGAAGCUAUACUUAAGGCAAAGUUGGGCAAAAGAGUGCAAGGAAACUUUUGGCCCCUCAAUCUGUAUCUUCAUAUGUUUCCUCAGAAUCUAACAGCAGAUGGUCUUUCUAAGCCUGGAGCGCUUUAGUACUAGCAGCUAAUGGUGGCGAACUUCCUUUUAAUCGUUUGCCUCUUUCGGGACACAGUUUUGUGAUGAUCACAUCCCAUUUUCAUCGUUUCAGUAGUAGGAUGCUUAUAUAUAUUUGCAUUGUUCUUCGGUCAAUACUUAUUUGCACUUCUGUAGAAACUUAUACUGUUAUAUAAAUUACGCCUCAUCGUACGUUCGUCGGUCAGCAUUGUGCCUGGAUAAAAGUAAUUGAAUGUGAUUUACGUCAAAAUACACGUCCAGCCGCCGAGUCCUCAUCGUGCAAGAUAAUCCUCGAUUUAUCGCGAAUAACUAUGGCAAGAGCCUCGUGAAUCAAAACCCCGGAGAUAAACUGGGACGCUUAAUAUUUACGAGACCAGUUCGUGAAAUUCAAGUAAUAACGCAAUCAAAUCUUUGCUGGUCGCCAUGCAAAUAAAAUGCAUAAAAAACCAAGCUUAUUUAUAUCCGUUGUGGACUGACAGCCAAGGACCAGAAGCCUACAACAGUUGGACGUGGGAAGACGAUGAUGAUCGCAUAAAACCAGAAGAAACUUGGCGAUGAUUUGAGAGCCACGUAGCACCUAAAGUAAGUCAUAGGCUUACUAGAUAUCAGCGCCAUCAGAUUCGGCAAAACAACGAGAAAACUAUGGAUCAUUUUAUGAAACGCUGCUGGAAUCAGGCUACAAGAGGCUGGUUCAGAGAUUUGGCUUAAAUGAAUGUGCAUCCAAUAGAAAAGUUCGCAACUAAUCGUUGGAACAGAACCCAAAAUAGUUCAAGAGGGGCUUUAACAAAAAAAGGUCUAGCGCUUUCACUCAACGAAGCAACUGACAUUGACAAAGAUGCCCUGUCUCAAUUGGAGCAGUAAGGAUGCGAUCAAAACAAAAUGAUCAUGGAAUCAAAAAGAGCGCUAGGAAUGGCAACAAGCCUAAAGUAUGCAGUGCCCUAACUAUGGCCUAGAACUUUUCUCAAGAACCAGUGAAAGUUGCCCGGCGUAUGGAGCUGAGUGCCUUAACUGCGGGAAACCAAACCGUUGGGUAAGAGUACGUCGUGCAAACCGCGGAGUUUCGGGGGGUUCAUCUAAAGACAGAGGAAAUUCCAAAUCAACGCACCGGUCUACAAACAGAGGUCGCUGAGGUGGAGGAACGUCUUCGCUGGACACAAGGAAGAGAGCACACUCCAUUCAAAUUAGUAAUUUCAAUCAAUUAAUUUCUAAUCAAUUGAAGUUAAUGCAUUUGAUCCUACAAGCCUGGAUAAUACGAAAGAUGAAGGUGAUUGUUAAAGUAAAAUUUGGCCUCGACCAGUUGCAGUUGAAUGAAUUCUUAGGCCGAAAGUCUGCUGCAAGCUUCUUCUUUACUGAAGCAGAAGGUCGAGCCCUUCUAGUUUUACCAACAGCACGUGACCUCAAUCUCAUUAUUUUACAUUGUUCUGUGCAGAGUGAUUCAGCAAAUCCAUUCGACACCCAUGAGUUACCCACACCCUCCCAAGCCAAGCCUGAGGGAGUUGCACUAAAGCCAGUAACAUCCUUCAAGAGGACUGGAGGCACACCCGAGGCAACAACAUCCUCUCGGACCAAACCCGAAAGAGCCACACCCAAGCCAGCCACUCCCUCGUAACUGGGUACAUCCAGAAAACCAACCCCUCUCAACAACAAGGUUACCCUGAUUGUUUCAGUGAAAAUGAAAAAUGGAUGCGUCAGUACCCGCAAUUGUACAAACCCAGCGACGCGUACCACUGAACGUACGGGAUGACAUCAAGCAGAAACCAGCUUACAUGGUAUUGCAAGGUGUAAUUGGCAAGAUAAGAGAAGUCGAGUCAACUGCCUGAGUUAACCGCUAAGUGUACCGCAGAAAACCAAAUGGCGAAAAGCUGAGAAUCUUCGUCGAUCAAUCCCAAGGACCUUAAUGGAAAAUAACGUGAUCCUUCACUUGAAAAAGUUCUUCCAAGAAUGACAGGUGACAAAUACUUCUCAAUAGGAGAUGCAAAAUGUAGAUAUUGGAAUGUCGAGUUGGAUCAAGAACUGGGCUACAAAAACCGUUAACUUUAAACUUACCAUUUGGUCUUUUCCGUUUCCUUUGAAUACCUUUUGGCCUUUGAUGUUUCAGGGCGUGUUUCAAACUAAAACAUACCGACCUUUAAAGGUUGUGAAGGUGAAGUGGGGAUAGCCGAAGAUAUUGUUGUUUACGACAGAGGAGGAACACGAACGUCACAAGCAUGGUAUGCUGAUCAGAUUCAGAACCAGUGGUCGUAAGUUGAAUCCAGACAAAUGUAAAUUUAAGCAGAGGGAGAUCAAGUUCUACGGCAUCAUCGGUAUUGAGGAUGGAGUUAAACCUGACCCCGAUAAAGUUUCAGCCCUGCUAAGACUGUGUCACCCCCCACCAAUUCACAGCAGGAGCUGCAAACAUUAUUUUUAUACCUACUUGGCUCCAUUCAUUUCCAGGUUUAAUACCUUGAACCCCCCUUACGAGAAUUGCUAAAGGAGGAAGAUGAUUUUGACAAGACUUCCUUGCAAGAGCAAGCGUUUUACGCGAUUGGGAAUGACAUUAAAGCGACGAAAUCACUCCGGCGUAGUAUGACCUAACCAAAGAAGUAACCCUACUGGUAAAGGGUCUCGGUGUUAUUCUACUUCAAGAGAAGUUAACUCGAAACAGCCAACGACAGAGAGCUUGCUGCCCCUUAGGAAGUCUGAACAAUGGUUCACUUUGGCCCACGUCAGUAAACGCUAGUAAAGGAGUUUCCGCCAUUGGUUCGACCUUUGAGUUAUCUGUCAAAAAUGACCGGUUCUAAAAGACCAGAGCGUUAUUAUUCCUCAGUACCUCCAGGGAGACAUUUUGUCCAAACUGCAUGCCAACCAAGGUAGUACACACAUUGGUGUUCUGGAAAAAUCUAAACAAGAACACUGAGGAGCUGAUGACUCAGGCAUGGAAAGUCAUCCAAGAACUCCAACCUAAGCAGGCAAAAGAACUGAUUAUUCUGACAGAGGCACCACCAAGUUCUUGGCGUACUGGUACAGUAGGAAUUGGUCUAUUCUACGUGGAUACCUGAUAAUUGAUGAUUACUUUACUACGUUCUCCUUUGUUAGAAAGAAACUCAGACGCCAGAGUAAAUGCAUGGUUGUUGUUGAUCAAAUAAAUCAAAACUUCAGUGAUUAUUUUCCUCACUAUGAGGAAAAUAAUGGGCCACGUUUCCAAGCCGAUACUGUGGUCAAUUUGCAAGGAAAACGGUUUCAGCGACCGCACAAGUUCUCCCACAGGUAACCCAGGCUCUGUGAUAGUACCACAGUACGGUUCCAGUAAAAUUACAGUGUUUGUAUGGGGUGAAAAUAUCAUCCUAAAAUUUCUAGGAAAUACUAAAUCAAGAUCAAUGAGACUUACUCUGCACUUAAUUGUUGUUGUCCUUGUUGCUCCAACGAAGUUUCGUGAUAAUUUGCAGUAAUUUGUUCAAAUUCACUCUAUCUACAAUAAUAAUAUACAAGGUAGGAAACACGAGGUGCCAUUUUCGCCGACAUGCUCCCAUUCAACACAACUUUUUCCACGAAAUUCGAACUCCAACGGAAAAUAAACAUGCCGGGAUCGUACAAAUAGGAUAGCAGCAGAUAUAGAAACCAAUGAAGCUUUCCCAGAUAGAGAAACGAAUCUGUUCUUCCUAGCCAGUCACUAUGGCCUGUUAUAAAGAGAUUAUUUUCCUCUCGAACUAUAUUCAGCUCCUGGCGCUGGUCCUCAGAAAGUUUAAUUAACAUCAGUAGGGCGAGGUUAUAAGGGCAAAGGAAAGAACAACGAAGGACGAUUUACAAAACUUAAAACGAGCAAAAGAUAUAAGUGAAUUUUGGCUCUUACCGAGGCAUUUGUACAACAGGACCAAAUUCAAAGAGAGGUGUAUCACGAUGAUUCACAUAUUUAACCGAUAGAGCGUUCACUUGUAUUGACAAGAAGUCGGCGUGUUACUGCCGCUAAAUCGCUAAAUAUGUUAAUCGCGCUAGUUCUUUGUUUACUAGUGCACGUGCCUUUCACAUUCGUCUCAGUUAUCGCAAUUCAUAUUCUGUCGCAAUUUUCUGCAUAAUUUUUGACAUUAGUUUGUAAGCUUCACCGUUUAUUUACGAUAGUUUCGCUCGAGAGUUCACAGCAACAGUAUCUCAGUCAUCAUCUACCUUUUGUUCAACCUUGUUUUUAGCCCGCCUUGUAAGCAUUUCGCGUUGUUAUUUCAUUAGUUUCAUUACUGUUAUUUGCAUUCCUUAGUAAAAGAAAUGGGACGCCUUGUAACUCCGCAGACUCUCCUGAUUAUAUUACUUUUUUUAGCGAUUUAAAUUCAGGCACGUGUGCGGGGUUUGCUCUGGCAAAUGGUGAUCGGCUAGGAAGAACAAUUGCCUUCUAUCAAGUAUUUUUCCAGCAGGGGAGGGUGGCCUUGGGCAAAUGAUGUAUUGGUCCCUAGAAAGGUCACCCCAGGACUCCCGGGAUGGAAUUUUUUUGUACAGUGCCCAGGUCUCAUUUUCUUGGCCGCGCGUUGAUGUGGCCCGACUGCUUCGGCGAGCGUAUUCUCGGUGUGUUUGGAUUAUAUUCUUCGAGUUUGUCCAAGUCUGUGGGAUUCGUUUCUCUAUCUGCGAAAGCUUCAUUGGUUUCUAUAUCUGCUGCUAUCCUAUUUCUACGAUCCUGGCAUGUUUAUUUUCCGUUGGAGUUCGAAUUUCGUGGAAAAAGUUGUGUUGAAUGGGAGCAUGUCGGCGAAAAUGGCACCUCGUGUUUCCUACCUUGUAUAUUAUUAUUGUAGAUAGAGUGAAUUUGAACAAAUUACUGCAAAUUAUCACGAAACUUCGUUGGAGCAACAAGGACAACAACAAUUAAGGGCAGAGUAAGUUUCAUUGAUCUUGAUUUAGUAUUUCCUAGAAAUUUGAGGAUGAUAUUUUUACCCCAUACAAACACUGUAAUUUUACUGGAACCGUACUGUGGUACUAUCACAGAGCCUGGGUUACCUGUGGUUCUCCCAAGCUAUUAUUGCCUUUAACUGAACUGUUCAGUACUAGUACUGACCUCCAACUUCCUCAAUUAGUACUAAUUGUCUAGCCACAAAUUUACUUUUAUAAUAAUAUGUUCAGAUAUCAUUCAUAUCCAAUUAACUACACGAAACGAGUACAAAGUUUCCACGAUGGUUAUUUGUACAGUUUAUUAUUUGUAUACUUAUAGCAUACCUGUUUGCUACCAUCUUCAGUUGAACAAAAUCUCCUGUUUAGACACAGUUAUUCGUUAGACAAAACUAGUAUCUGACGCUUCUUUCUCUGAUAUUUACCUUUUAGCAACGAUGGUUUCCUGUGAUGUGUGGCUUUCACUUUUGACAAAGAAUCGUCCAGAAGAUCAAAAGAAUUCGACAAACCUUAUCAUCUACGGUUCUCUUGUCGGCGCAUCUUUCAUAUUUCUCAUCAUUCGGGCAUUUGGCUUCUAUUUGUUGUCGUUACGAUGUUCUGAACGUCUUCACAAUAAAAUGGUAGCGGCUAUUCUACAAGCACCGGUCCUCUUCUUUGAUUCAAAUCCCGUGGGAAGAAUUAUGAAUCGGUUCUCUAAAGAUGUAGGCUGCAUGGAUGAAGUAAUACCGAGAAAGUUUCUGUCAGCAGUCGAACUGGUCUUGUUGAUGUUCACCUCAGUUCUUCUACCAACUGUAAUAGACCCUUGGCUUCUGUUUGCUGUUGUCCCAAUAGCUGUGUUAGCGGGGCUUAUUUCAAGAUAUUACUUAAAGACUUCCAGGGAACUACAAAGGUUAGAGUCCAUUAGUCGCAGCCCUGUCUAUUCUCAUUUUUCGGAAACCCUGGAUGGACUGGAGACGAUUCGGACAAGAAAGAGGGAAGAAGAUUUUGUGGAAGAGUUUUGCAGGUAUCUAAAAUCAAUUUUAAAUUAACCUUAAUCUCUGGACAAAGAAGAAAUUGCAUUUAAUUCAGCUGGAAAGCUAACUAGUAAAGUAUUUUGGACAGGGUAUUUCCUAUCGUAAAUCUAGCUAAUAUAGAGCAAAAUGGCACCACUGACUCACUCCACAAUAUAGACAAGAGUUAAACUUGCUAUGAAAAGAGUGAAGUAAAAAAAGCGAAGCGUUUCUUCGAUAUAACGAACCCGUUUGUGAUAAAAGAUCCCCAACGGAUUUGGACUCAGUCUUAGUUAAAUGUAUACAACAGGAUCCCGAUUUAGUGUACUCCUGUUAUGACGACGGAUAUAUAGGGGGUCCAAGAUAUUUUUAUCACCACAAUUACACUUUCUGCGGUACGGCAAGAUACUUGGUUGAAACGCAUAUAGGUUUCUGUCUAUGAAGUAAUUUUUUUCUCAUGGCAUAACCCAUUACAUGGUCCUUUCCAAGUCUGCUGGCUUCCACAACCGCGGAGGUUUUAUGCUAAACAUAUGAAAAAAACGGUUUUAUAACUAGAUCCAUAUUAUUGUCGUUCUUAGGCAUCAAGAUAUUCACACUCAGUCAUACAUUAUGGUUUUUGCCAGUCGUCGUUGGCUUGGUGUACGCUUGGAUUGUCUCUCUGCUCUGUUAACUGGUGCAGCGGCUCUUGCCGCGGUUUUUGUGUCUGAUGAUGCUGGUAAAUCCACUUGUUUAUGGGAUGAGAAACGGAAAUAAUUCAUGUUCAUAUGUUGCUCAUGUUUUAACAUCUUUGAAUAACCUAAAAACAUCACCUUUUUAUAUAACGCAAUAGCAUACAUUUAAAUACGUUUUAAUUACACACGAUAGAAAGCUUUAAGCUCACGCUUAUAAUGUCGUAAUCAGUAAUUUAGAAGUAUUAAUUAACUUACAAACGUCAAAUGAAAAUAAAUACUGCGAUACUUAAAACUAAGAUUUUUUUUGCAGCCAUAAAGGCACUAAAACCAAUUUCCCAUUUAGUACACCAUAAGACAAUUUUUGAUAAGGCCGACAGUAGUCUGAGGUAAUUCCAUUUUAAUAUCAGCGUUUAUAAAUACUUUCUUGUUUUUCAGUUGUUUCAACCCUAUUUAGACCUGGCUUAAUUUGCUUCCUGUAAUUGGAGGAAAAACUCUCGUGUUACGGCCACUAAAAUUACACCGAAUAAUGUAUCAUUAUUUUCAACAUCUAGGCAUAACUUAAUUGACAGUGAUGUAAUUUGACAUAACUGUGACGUCAUAUUGUUGGAUUCAUUAGCAGGAUCCAAAUUGAAUAAACUUUUCUCCUUAAAGUAGCCAUAAAGCGAAAAAUACUUAAAUAGUAAGGAGCAUAGGCGUACGGGCCGGGGGGGCGAGGGGGGCUGCAGCCCCCCCAAAUUUUGGGCAACUCAGAUUUUUUGGGCAGCAAGAGAAAAUUUGGGCAAAGCCAGCUUUUAAAGACGUUUUCAUGUUUUUUUAUCAGUAUUUUGAAGAGAUAAAUAUUUUCUAUUUUAACCUGGAGUCUGCGUAAUAAUCAAGUUACAUUCACACGAGACAGUGGUUGCCAAGCACGUGAUGAGUUUCUGUUUAUAAGGGAAGGUUUUUUUUAUCGUUGGGCACUGUACUGCCAUGGGCUAUUUCCAAUCAUGAAUUGAUUAGACUAAACUUCCGCCUAACUUUUUAAUAUCAUCUCCGCUCGUAGAACAGUGUAUGGCAGAUAGCAUCAGCGAUUGAUCUGAAAGUGAAGAAGUGGUUGGCUAAUUCUCACUUUGAAUUACGAGAAGAAUCUUAAUUUUUUUAAAAAAAUCUAUCAAGUGGUUCAAAUUAUUCACUAAUUUGUUAUUAAAGUAGACCGAAAUGUUUACAAAACCGCUAACAAGCGCGCCAUGAUACAUACUAAUCAAAUCCUUCUUUGUAGCAAUUGAGCAGAAUAGACCUUUUUACCAAUACGGCGGCCAUAUUGAUAUUAACUCGAUUUAAGGAGUAUUAUAGGAUGCCCAGGGGGCAUGAGCACAUUUCGUUUGUAUUUUAGAGCGCUUUUCGGGACAUUUUUUCUUUAAGUUUUCUUAGAAUAAGAUUGUAAUGGGAAAAAAGAUCCUUGUGCCGUGUUUGGAUGUAAUAAUGAUCGCCUUUUUCUAGUUUAGUAUUAGAAAUAUGGUCUCUCACUGUAUAUUUCUCGCGUAAAAGGCGAUCAUUAUUACAUCAAAACACUGCACAAGGAUCCUUUUACCCAUUACAAUCUUAUUCUAAGAAAACGUUAAGAAAAAAUGUCCCGAAAAGCGCUCGAAAAUACAAACGAAGUGUGCUCAUACCCCCUGGGCAUCCUAUAAUACUCCUUAAAUCGAAUUAAUUCAAUAUGGCCGCCGUAUCGGUAAAAAGGUCUAUUAUCUCUAUUAUAUCACUCGUGGUAUUUAUGCCAAAUAUCACUAAAAAUCAUGGUAUUACCUAUAGAAAUAACUCACACACAUUUUUAAAAAUAUUGAAGCUACUAUGAGGUGAAAUGGCAUGUCAAAAGCGCUUCCUUUUCUACAGAUAACGGCUAAACAUCAAGAUUUUCCUUGUUUUACUGUAUUUCUAACGAUAAAAACUUUAUCCCAAAAUACCCCGAUGACGCUCUUACAGAUUCCGUUUUAACUUCACAAACAUGGAGGCGACUAUUGGUUGAAGCUCCCGAGAACGAUUUCAUAGACCUUCAUGAUGAGAAAUAAUGCUGCGAGUAUAAUAGGUAAUGGCGUCAUUUCGUUGCUAUGACAACUCCGGUGUCAUUGCAACCCUGAUCAUGACAAAUUUUCAUCUUUAUCUAAUACAAAUUUGGUGGCAAUUUUUCCAAAUGUUUGUUUAUGGCAACGUAUAGUUUGUGCUCGAACUUGGCAGGUAUAUAUCGACCCUGAAAACCUGUAUUGAGGCACUUUCGUAUGCCAGUACGCGGGCCUAUGUUGUUGCAUCGUAUGGCCCUUGUUUCUUUUCGACUGUUUUGUAAAAAUUUGGGCAAUUUGCAAGAAUUUUUUGGGCAAAUGGUCUACCGCCCCCCUGGCCGAAAAUUGCCAGUACGCCUAUGGUAAGGAGUCUUACAAAAUCAAGAAGUUGGUAAUAAUCUUCAAUAACAGCAGUGAUGUCAUAAAGACGUCAUUUGUCACUGUAGAAAGAAAUGGAACCACCUGCCACCUUAGAUCCGCCAUUUUGAUUUAACUUCAUGUAUUCCAAUUUACUUUAAACCCACAUGAAUCGAGGUAAUUGUGAUAGAAAAUAUGAUCUGUGUACAAAAGGAAAUUUAGGAAGCAAAAUAUCGGCAAGUUAAGAAUAUUUGAGAGAAAUGAACACUGCAAAAAAUUAUACCCAGUAAUGGCCACUUGGUCAUUUUAACUUCAUUUUUUUUUUUAAUUUAGUCCCUUAAAUGCUUAUAAGAAAUUUGAUAAAAUGUUACUUGAUGAAGUGAAAUAAUAUAAUUAAAUAAUUAAAAAUAGAAAUAAAAUCCUUUUUUUAAAGGAAAAAUGAAAAUUUUUAAAAACAUGGCUUUCAAACUCAGUUGCCGUAGUAACGUCUAUGUUGAGGUACACAUCAAGACAACUUAAAAGUGUUCCCAGAUAAAUUCUCUUAGUGUUGAGUUAAUGGCUUGAACGGUUAUUAAACUUUCUAGUGAGUGGGGAUUCAAUUUUUACGGUCUUCUAUACGUAGUCUAGAACGUGUGAAGAGAGUGUAGAGAGAUUAGAGUUUGGUCGAGUAGGCGUUUUGAUUGAGAAUAUUCUCUUUUAUUUCUUACAGCUUUAGUUGGACUAUCUCUGGUUUACAUAGUCCAGACCGUGAAUCUGACGCAAUUUACUGUUCGUCAGUUAACGGAUAUCGAAACUCUAAUGACUUCAGUUGAGCGAGCAAUGACCUACACAGAGCUGGAAUCUGAACCUGGAUACAACGUGCAACGAAAUCCUCUGGAAUUGUGGCCGCAUGAGGGAAAUAUCACAUUCAAAGACGUAUCCCUGACGUACUAUCCUGGUGGUCCUCAAAGUCUAAAGGAUAUCACACUUAACAUCAAUGGUGGAGCUAAGGUCGGAAUUGCAGGCCGAACGGGUGCAGGGAAAUCUUCUUUUGUGGCCGCACUAACGCGCAUGCCUGAAGCUGACGGGGAUAUACUGAUUGAUAACGUUUGUAUAAGAGAUAUCAAUCUACAAGAAUCUCGACGGGCAAUAACAAUUCUUGGACAAAAUCCGGCCCUCUUCAUUGGAACGGUAAGGCAAAAUCUUGAUCUGAUGGAGCAGUUUGAAGACGCAGAAUUGUGGCGCGCUUUAGAAAAGGUGCAGCUGAAAAGUCUUGUAGAGAACCUGGAGGGUCAGUUGGAUCAUAAAUUAUUGGAGCACGGUGCAAAUUUAAGUGUUGGUGAACGCCAACUCAUUUGCUUGGCUCGCGUGCUGUUGCAGCAAAAGAAUAUCGUCAUUUUGGAUGAGCCCACUGCACACGUGGAUCCAGACACGGAACAAACAAUCUGGAACAUAGUGCGCGAGGAACUCAAAUCUUCCACAGUUAUCACGAUAGCACAUCGUUUGAACACAAUUAGAGACAGUGACAAGGUUUUAGUCCUAAAAAAUGGGGAAGUCGCUGGGUUUGAUACGUUUAAUGUGCUAAUAAAUAGAAAAGGUGGAAUUUUGAGUGAAUUGGAUCAUGUAACAAAGGCCGCCACAUAG